GCGCACCAAUCCCCAAUCCAGGGAUCCAUCACUUAUAUCUAAACGACUGCUAUUCCGAGGCAUUCUGCUCUCCCAGUGAAAAAGAUGUUAAUUCAGAUAAGUGAUAGAAGGAGGAAAAAAAACGUGCCCCGACAACUACACGCACGUCAUGCCGUAAUUCCUUUCCCUCCGUCGCCCUCCCCUCCUUUGUCAUGUCCUCCGUGGCUCCCUCACUCCAUAACGAGGCUGAGCUAGAAGCGGCGUUGAAUUACACCGGCCACAAAAACGAGGAGCCGGGGCGGUAGGAACCGAGAUCUGCGCGCCGAGGCUGGAAUGCGCCAAGGGCUUAUGUUUUAGAAAUACAUACCUGAAUGCAAACACUGCAAAGGAGAUGCCUGGCUGGAAAAAGAACAUGCCGGCUUGCUUUCAGGCCGACGAUGAGACAGAUGAGGGGCCGUACUCAAAGUCCUCCCACAGACAGGUGGACGGAUCAUUGUCCCUGCGAAGGCAGAGCAUCCCAGAGGAGCUCAGGGGCACCAGCCUCGUGGAGCUGCUGAAGAAGGAGGGCUGUACACUGGGCCUGACCGUGUCCGGCGGCGUGGACAAGGACGGCCGACCCCGUGUCUCCAACCUGCGGCAGGGAGGCAUCGCCGCUCGGAGCGACCAGCUCUGCAUCGGCGACUAUAUCAAAUCGGUCAACGGGAUCAAUUUGGCGAAGUUCCGCCACGAUGAGAUCAUCAGUCUGCUGAAGAACGUGGGGGAACGGGUGGUGCUGGAGGUGGAGUACGAGUUGCCCCCCGCCUCUGUGCAGGGCUCGGGGGUGAUGUUUAAAAAUGUCGAGGUCACGCUGCACAAGGAGGGAAACACGUUCGGCUUCGUCGUCAGAGGGGGCACCCAUGAGGAUAGGAGCAAAUCUCGGCCUGUCGUCAUAACGAACAUCAGGCCAGGUGGCCCGGCUGACAGGGAAGGCACCGUCAGGCCUGGGGACCGGCUGCUGAGCGUCGACGGUAUCCGCCUGCAGGGCUGCUCGCAUGCCGAGGCCCUGAGCAUCCUGAAGCAAUGUGGCCAGGAAGCCACGCUGCUUGUGGAGUACGACGUCUCUGUCAUGGACUCGAUAGCCUCCGCCUCCGGCCCGCUGCUUGUGGAGGUGGCCAAACCGGCGGGAUCUAGCCUGGGGGUAGUGCUGUCUACCUCGAUGUACUGCAACAAGCAGGUGAUCGUCAUUGACAAGGUGAAGCCCGCCAGCAUCGCGGACAGGUGCGGGGCGUUGCAUGCUGGGGACCACAUCCUGUCUGUCGACGGCACCAGCAUGGAGUACUGCUCCCUGCCAGAGGCCACCCAGCUACUGGCAAAUGCCUGCGAGAACGUCAAGAUGGAGAUUCUGCCUCAUCACCAGACCCCGAUGGCUCUCAAGACCACGGAGCAUGUCAAGGUACAGAGGAGUGCCCGUCCCCUUCCCUGGGACACCUGCCCCAGCAGCAACGGGCACACCUUGCCCCCACACUACAACACCUACCACCCUGACCAGUCAAGAACCCAGGCCUCGAAACACCACAAGUCCUCCAACAACCCGUCCCUGAGCUCCACCUUCUCGCCAUCCUCCAUGAGCGCCUACAGCCUGAGCUCCCUGAGUCUGGGAACCCUUCCCCGCUCCAUGCCUCCCAACAGCCCCCGAACCAACACCAUGCGGCGCAAGCUGCACAGGAAGGACCACAAGAGCUCCCUGUCUCUGGCUUCCAGCACGCUGGGUCUGUCUGGUCAGGUGGUCCACACCGAAACUACGGAGGUCACCUUGGUCAGCGAUUCAAUCAUGGGCUUUGGGAUUCAGCUGCAGGGGGGUGUUUUUGCCACAGAAUCCAUGUCCUCCCCACCCUUAAUCGCCUACCUGGACCCAGACAGCCCUGCGGAGAGGAGUGGAAUCCUGCAAAUCGGCGACCGCGUGCUGGCAGUGAACGGCGUCCCCACGGAGGACAGCUCCCUGGAGGAGACCAAUCAGAUGCUGCGUAACUCUGCCGUCGGCAGCAGGGUCACCCUGGAGAUCGAGUUUGACGUGGCAGAGUCUGUCAUCCCCAGCAGCGGCACCUUCCAUGUCAAGCUUCCCAAGAAGCCCGGGGUGGAGCUGGGGAUCACCAUCAGUGCUCCGUCCAGCAGGAGGCCUGGUGAUGUUCUCAUCAUCUCUGACAUCAAGAAGGGCAGCAUGGCUCACAGGACGGGCACCCUAGAGGUGGGAGACAAGCUGCUGUCCAUCGAUAACAUCCGCCUGGAGACCUGCUCCAUGGAGGAUGCCGUGCAGAUCCUGCAGCGCUGUGAGGAGGUGGUCAAACUCAAGAUUCGCAAGGAUGAGGACAACUCAGAUGAGCAGGAGAACUCGGGCACCAUCAUCUACACCGUGGAGCUUAAGCGCUACGGCGGUCCCCUGGGCAUCACCAUCUCGGGCACCGAGGAGCCUUUUGACCCCAUCAUCAUCUCCAGCCUGACCAAGGGUGGCCUGGCGGAGAGGACCGGCGCCAUCCACGUGGGAGACCGUAUCCUCGCUAUCAACAGCCGCAGCCUGAAGGGCAAGCCUUUGAGCGAGGCCAUCCACCUGCUGCAGGCCGCUGGGGAGUCCGUCACGCUGCGGAUCAAGAAGCAAGGCGAGCUGCCCAGUCCCAAGCAGCAGCAGGGCUUGAACAAGCUUUCCAGCGACAUGGAGGACGACGUGCAGGUUAUGGGAAACCUGGGUAAGCUGUCCGACAGCUACUCUGCCACCCUCCCCAGCGUGGACAGCGCCGUGGAGUCCUGGGACAGCUCCACCAUCGACACUGCCAUCAGCGGACAGGGUGAAGACUGUGCCUCCGGAUCCAGCCUCCACAGCCCCGAAGGAAGGAACACCCACACGCUGAGCAGCAUGUCACCAGUGAGCAGUCAAAAAGAGCGCCCCCUACAGGACCUCGGGCAGAGCUUCGAUAAAUGGGAGCACAUUACCAUUGGCAGGGCCGCCACGCUGCCCUCCGGCCGUUCCUCUGACAGCAGGUUCAGCAUGAGCCAUGAGCGGACAGUGCCCGAUCAGGAGGAGAGCUUCUGGUCACAGGCCCUGGAAGACCUAGAAACAUGUGGGCAGUCAGGCAUCUUGCGGGAGCUGGAGGACAAACCAGACAGGCUUCUGGAUAAGAGAAACCUGAGCAUAUUGGCCAGCAUGGCAGGCAGCACCCUCAGCCUGAACGAGGGCCCUCCCCCACGUAGCCACCUGGGGCGCCAGGCCAGCCUACAGGAGCGCAGCCCCAACCGGGCCCAGUACGGCCAGUAUACCCACUACAACCAGGGUAGCCGUAGCCACACGCUACCCACCCACCCUGGCCACAAACCCUUUAGCAUGAGGAAGACGAAACAGGAUGUGAACGACGUGUCUCCCAUGCCAGUAGAACUGCAUAAGGUGACUCUCUACAAGGAGGCGGGUGCUGAGGACUUUGGCUUCAGCGUAUCUGACGGUAUCCUAGAAAAGGGCGUCUAUGUCAGCAACAUCCGGCCGAGUGGCCCCGCCCACCUGGGCGGGCUGAAGGCCUACGACCGGCUGCUUCAGGUCAACCACGUCCGAACGAGAGACUUUGACUGCUGCCUCGUGUCUCCUUUGAUCGCCGAGUCGGACGACAAACUGGAACUGGUCAUCAGUAGGAACCUACGGGCCUCGCCGUCCUGUACGGAACUUAACCAGGCAACGGAAGGGCUACUGGACUGGACCGAGCCCGUGCAAAACCACCGGGCCACAGAAAUCGAGGCCCGAGACACAUCCCAGACAUUAUAGCAGCUGGACCGGAGCCGGAAGAGUAAGAACCGGCCUCUAUGGUGCUAACAUCCUUAGGAUGGUGGUUCUGUCCAGGCACGGCAGAGCUAAGCUCGGGUGUCACCCGUUUCCUGGUUGGGCGAGUCCUACUACCCCCUUUAAAAGACUGAAUAGUAAGAGGACUCUCCGGUAUCUGGGGAAAAAAAAAAAAAAACAUGGGAAAAAAAUAAUGGAAACUGUGCCAUCCUUUUCUUAAUUCUGAAGGACAAUAAUAUUCAACGGGAGCAGGAACUGCGAUGUUUACAUGUGAUGUCGGACGUGCUUGUGUGUACGUGCGUGUGGUGUGCGUUUACGUGCGUGAACGUGGGCGUACGUUUGUGCGUGCAGCCGAGACGAUUCAGAGUACCAACCCACCUCCCUCCCAGCGCCAACUUGGGUGCCCUCUGCCGCGCCAAGCUGGGCAGACCUUGACGGGCUCCUUCACCCUUGAGUGCAAGCCCCGCAUCAGCACGCACAAAUGCCUCACGUUUCCAUGUUUAUUUAUUUGGUUUUUAGCAUUAGUUUUAUAUUUAAAUCUUGGAGCAACUGCUGUAAAUCCAGACCGGUAAGCGACAUCCUGGUGGGCAAGACACUGGACAAAAACUGCAGUGAAAAUAAUUCAGCACAAAGAGCCACUGAAAAAAAUACGGGUCAAUACUUCGACUGCAGAGUCGGUGUUCCCACAGUGGAGCCUGCGAGAUACGCACGUUCCUCACUUUUCAAAAGCUCUCGUUUCUCUCACGGGGACGGAUGUGCUGCCAGUAAGCAGAGACUCUGGGCCACGAUAGUAAGGGGGCUACUGGAGUCUGAGGGGCACCUGCAGCCACGCCCACCCAGCCACGCCCACCCAGCCAAACUCCCCCAACAGACCCAGCACUGCGUGUGUCCUAGGGCUCCCCCUGGGAGCCAGUAGCUGCUACAACACCACUGACAUGUCCCGGCACCUCUGUCAAUGUCAUUGUGACUGAUCCACGGAGAGCUCCUCCUUUGAUCGAUCGGACCUUGCCGAAAGCCAGCUCUGCCACAGGGUGGGGGGGGGGCAGCCAUUGAUUUGAGGCAGACCAAGGUGAGCCUUCAGAGUUAUGGUUGGAGGUAAUUUGGCGUGAAGCAGCCUUCGAUGGAGGUGCCAAUGCCAGUAGUUUUGCCCUGGGCUUAAAUAGCUGGAGCUACUGGGAUACCAGGAGUUACCUGGCAACUCUUCGUGCGCAAAAAAAGCAAGCAGUGGAAACAGGUUUGAUUAAAUUCAACGAAGAUCAGUGUAGAGGAAGAAAAUACAGUAAAAAGUCAAGCAUGAUGUUCCCAACACUGCAACACUGACAUGUUUACUGUGGAUUUGUAUUUUGUAUUUUUCCCUGCUUUAAGUAAAUAUGAAUAUAUGUAUAUAUGUGAAACUGGAAUUAUUAAAAGGGUCCAUUUUCUA